AUGGCUUCUCCGCCUUACGCUACUUCACCUUCGGGCAUGUCGCCGCCUUACCCAUCACCUGCGCAAAUCCCCAACAAGAAGCGCUCUUCAGGAAUGGACAACGCGCCUCCUCUCAAACGUCGCAAACCGUCAAACCUCUCUCAAGCUUCCGUCGCAGCCGCAGCCGCAAACCAUCCUCUUCGCCAAACAUCGUUUCCUCCCGAAGCUCGAUCUCCUUACCCACGAUCUCCGUCUGUCGAUGCUCAAUCCCACGUGAGUGGCAGCGCCGUCAGUACAACUGCUAGCGGAGCUCCUAAGAAGAAGCGUGGUCGUAAGGCCAAGAACGCGAAGCAGGAUGAUGCGAGUGAGGCUACGCCUAGUCUUGUUGGAGGACGUGCUCCUACUGCUGUGAGCGGACAGGGUGGUGAGAAGGAAGAAGAUGAUGAGGAUGACGAGAAGGCUGAGAUGGCGCUGGAGGAUGUUGUUGCGCGAACACAAGAGCAGAAACAAGAGGAGAUUCGUCUACGAGCUAUGCUUGUCGAGGCCUUUGACUCACAACAGUACAACCGAUAUGAGCUCUGGCGCGCGGCAAAGCUGGCAGACAGCGUCGUCAAACGAGUCGUCAACGCAACAGUCUCACAAUCCGUCCCCCAAAACGUUAGUACCGCAGUCAAGGCCGUCGCAAAGCUCUUCGCAGGCGAAAUCAUCGAAGCAGCACGCAACGUACAAGGCGAAUGGAUCAACGCAGGAGAAAAGCAAAGCGAUCUACCCACACCACCACCCUCUACAAACGACGACCCAGCAGCAGCUGAAGAAGAGCCCGACCUGAAGCGCGGACCUCUACGACCCGACCAUCUACGUGAAGCAUGGAGACGUUAUCGAGUUUCGGGAGAGAGUAGAGGGGUGGGUGUUCAGCAGCUUUGGCAUGCGCAGCAGCAUGAUGGUGUUGAUCGAUUUUCGACGCGUACUGGAAAGCGACUUUUCAAGUAA